GGUAUUCAGAGUUCAGAGUCCAUGUUGAUGUGGACGGAGCAGCGGAGGAGACCAGGUGAAGACUCGGCUUCACAGAUCACAGAUGGUGGGUGUUUGUGGUUCAUGUCUCUGAAUGACUGAAGUCCAGAAGAUGGAUGGUUGUGUGGAGGAAGAGGAGGAGAGACCAGAGUCUCCAGGAUCCAUCUGUCUGUCUAUGAAGAGUGACCGGUCCAGACGAGAACCUCUAAACUUCAGUAAAGAACCUGGACCCUCAGACACAGAAGGUCGGUACCGCAGUCAGAGACCAGAGUCUCCAGGAUCCAUCUGUCUGUCUAUGAAGAGUGACUGGUCCAAAGAUAAACCUCCAGGCUUCAGUGAAGAACCUGGACCGUCAGACACAGAAGGGAGGAAGAUGAGAGGAGUUGGUGUGGAGGAGCAGCCGUCCUACUGUCCUUUGUGUCAGGACGUCCUGAAGGAUCCAGUCUCUAGCAGCUGUGGACACUGGUUCUGCAGACGCUGCAUGAGCUCAUACUGGGACCAGUCUGCUCCACCAGGAUCGUCCUCCUGUCCCCAGUGUGGAAAAAGAUCCAGAACCAGAGCUGGACUGCAGACAGCCAGUCAGAGCAGAACUGUACCAGCAGAUGCUGGUCUGCAGGAGGUCCUAGAUGAACAUAAGACCAGUCUGAGGAGGAGAUGUGAACAUGUGACUCAAGGAAUUGAUGAACCGGGAAGUAGAACCCCCCUCAACAGGAUCUACACGGAGCUCUUCAUCACAGAGGGACUGAGUGAAGAGGUUGAUACCCAACAUGAGGUGAGGCAGCUGGAGACAGCUUCCAGGAUGAAGAGCCUCCAUGACGCUCCAAUCAGAUGCCAGGACAUCUUUAAAGCCUUACCCAACCAAUGUGGAGCCAUCAGAGUGGUUCUGACGAACGGCGUCGCUGGCGCUGGGAAAACCUUCUCGGUUCAGAAGUUCUCUCUGGACUGGGCCGAGGGCUCGGAGAACCAAGACGUCACCGUGGUGAUUCUGCUCUCGUUCAGGGAGCUGCACCUGAUCGGAGAUGGGCAGCUCAGUCUUCUCAGGCUGAUCCAGGUUUUCCAUCCAUCGUUACAGAAGCUCACAGCAGAGCAGCUGGCUGCCGGGAAACCGUUGUUCAUCUUUGACGGCCUGGAUGAAAGCAGACAUUCCCUGGACUUCAACAACGGUCCGGUCGUGUCUGACGUCACACAGAGCUCAUCGGUCAACGUGCUGCUGACCAACCUCAUCCAGGGGAACCUGCUUCCCUCAGCUCUCAUCUGGAUCACUUCCAGACCUGCAGCAGCCAAUCAGAUCCCUCACAAACACGUGGACAGGGUGACAGAAGUACGAGGCUUCACCGACGGCCAGAAGGAGGAAUACUUCAGGAGGAGGUUCAGGGAUGAAGAGCGGUCCAGCAGCAUCGUCUCCCACAUGAAGACAUCCAGAACCCUCCACAUCAUGUGUAAACUCCCGGUCUUCUGCUGGAUCACUGCUACAGUUCUGGACCACAUGUUGACCACAGAGCAGAGAGAAGAGCUGCCCAAGACCCUGACUGACAUGUUCUCCCACUUCCUGCUGGUCCAGACUAAGAGGAAGAGGAACAAGUACCAGGAGGGACAUGAGACGAGUCAAUGGGAGCUGACGGAGGAUGACAGGGACCUUCUCCUGAAGCUGGGGAGGCUGGCGUUCGAACAUCUGGAGAAAGGAAACAUCAUGUUCUACCAAGAAGACCUGGAGCAGUGUGGUCUUGAUGUCCCAGAGGCCUCGGUGUACUCAGGAGUUUGUACCCAGAUCUUCAGGAGAGACUGUGAGGUCUUCCAGAAACCCGUCUACUGCUUUGUUCAUCUGAGCAUCCAGGAGUUCCUGGCUGCAGUCUACGUGCUGCACUGUUGGUCCACCAGGAACACAGAUGUGCUGGAGAACUUCCUGGGAGAAAACAGAUACUCAUCUCUGGAUGACUUCCUGAAGAGAGUCAUGCAGAAAUCCAUGUGGAGUAAAAAUGGCCACCUGGACCUGUUUGUCCGCUUCCUUCAUGGUCUUUCUGUGGAGUCCAACCAGAGACUGUUAGGAGGUCUGCUGAACCAGACGGAGAACGAUCCAGAAACCAUCCAGAGAGUCAUCAACAACCUGAAGAAGAUGAAAACUGAUGAUAUCUCUCCUGACAGAAGCAUCAACAUCUUCCAGUGUCUGAUGGAGAUGAACGACCUCUCAGUUCAUCAGCAGAUCCAAGAGUUCCUGAAGUUAGAGAACAGAUCAGAGCAGGAACUCUCUGAGAUCCAGUGUUCAUGUCUGCCCUACAUGCUGCAGAUGUUGGAGGAGGUUCUGGAUGAGUUGGACCUGGACAAGUACAAUACAACACCAGGGGGUCGAAGGAGACUGAUUCCAGCUGUGAGGAACUGCAGAAAGGCUCGAUUUGUUGGUUGUUAUCUCUCAAAGACUGAAUUUGAAGUUGUUGCGUCCGCUCUGAAGUCCAACCCCUCCCAUCUGACAGAACUGGACCUGAGUCAGAACAAGAACCUGCAGGAUUCAGGAGUGAAGCUUCUGUCUGGUGGACUGGAGAGUCCAAACUGUAGACUGGAGACUCUGAGAUUACAGAGCUGCAGUCUGUCAGAGAUCAGAUGUUCUUCUCUGGUCUCAGCUCUGAAGUCCAACCCCUCCCAUCUGGAAUAUCUGGACCUGAGUCUGAACCCCCUGCAGGAUUCAGGAGUGGAACAUCUGUGUGGUUUCCUGGAGAGUCCAGACUGCAGACUGGAGACUCUGAGAUUACAGAGCUGCAGUCUGUCAGAGAUCAGCUGUUCUUCUCUGGUCUCAGCUCUGAAGUCCAACCCCUCCCAUCUGGAACAUCUGGACCUGAGUCUGAACACCCUGCAGGAUUCAGGAGUGAAACAUCUGUGUGGUUUCCAGGAGAGUCCAGACUGCAGACUGGAGACUCUGAGGUUGGAGAACUGCUGGUUGUCAGAGAUCAGCUGUUCUUCUCUGGUCUCAGCUCUGAAGUCCAACCCCUCCCACCUGAAACACCUGAAACAUCUGGACCUGAGCUGGAACCAGCUGCAGGAUUCAGGAGUGGAACAUCUGUGUGGUUUCCUGGAGAGUCCAGACUGCAGACUGGAGACUCUGAGCUUGCAGUGCUGCGGUUUGUCAGGGAUCAGCUGUUCUUCUCUGGUCUCAGCUCUGAAGUCCAACCCCUCCCAUCUGAAACAUCUGGACCUGAGAUUCAACUACAAGCUGCAGGCUGCAGAUGUGGAGCAGCUGUCUGGUCUGGUGGAGAGUCCAGACUACCAGCUGCAGACUCUCAGGUCGGAGCGCUGCAGUUUGUCAGAGAUCAGAUGUCGUCCUCUGGUCUCAGCUCUGGAGUCCAACCCGUCUGAUCUGGAACAUCUGGACCUGAGUAAGAACGAGCUGCAGGAUUCAGAUGUGAAGCAGCUGUGUGUUCUUCUGGAGAGUCCAGACUGCAGACUGGAGACUCUGAGGUUGGAGAACUGCAGGAUGUCCGAGAUCAGCUGUUCUUCUCUGGUCUCAGCUCUGAAGUCCAACCCCUCCCACCUGAAACAUCUGAAACAUCUGGACCUGAGUGAGAACUACCACCUGCAGGAUUCAGGAGUGAAACGUCUGUGUGGUUUCCUGGAGAGUCCAGACUGCAGACUGGAGACUCUGAGGUUGGUGUGGUGCAGUUUAUCAGAGAUCAGCUGUUCUUCUCUGGUCUCAGCUGUGAAGUCCAACCCCUCCCACCUGAAACUUCUGGACCUCAGUCACAACUACAACCUGCAGGAUUCAGGAGUGGAACAUCUGUGUGGUUUCCUGGAGAGUCCAGACUGCAGACUGGAGACUCUGAGGUUGGAGUUCUGCAGUUUGUCAGGGAUCAGCUGUUCUUCUCUGGUCUCAGCUCUGAAGUCCAACCCCUCCCAUCUGAAACAUCUGGACCUGCGUAACAACUACAAGCUGCAGGCUGCAGAUGUGGAGCAGCUGUCUGGUCUUGUGCAGAGUCCAGACUACCAGCUGCAGACUCUUAGAAUAGGACGGAACCUGCCGGGAACCUAAGCAGCAGCUUUGAGGUGUUCCCACCUGCCUGCACUGAUGAGUCUGCUGGUGAAAGCUCCAGGUUCCAGUGCUCCCGUCCAGGGGUCCGUUUCACAAAGCAGGUUCUGUCAGGGUUUGACAUUCCCCCCAGCUUUCAGUUUCUGUUUUGCCCCGCCUGUGUCCCAUCUGCCCUGAUUGUAUCUGCACCUGUGUCUCGUCAUGUCUCGUUAUCCCCUGUGUAUAUCUGGUCUUGUCAUUCCCUUGUUCCCUGUCGACCGUACUGUUUGUUCCCCAUGUUUCCUGCCACGUUUUGCUCCUCAAGUUUUUGAUCCCUUUUUAGUUUGUCUUGAUCCUGCCCAGCAGCGCCUUGUUUUUUGCCUUUUUUUUAAAAUAAAUCCUGUUUUUUGCCAACUCCUGCCUCCCGCCUCCUGCUCUCCCUGCGUUUGGGUCCACACCUUACCCCCAGACGUGACAGAACAGUCCGACCAAAUAUGGAACCAGCGAGAGAGUGGGUGAACCCUCUGGAUUUCCCUCUGGCACAACAGGAGGUUGCUGGAGGACAAUGGCAAGGCUCUCCAGGCUCUGGAGCGACGGCGUCGACGUCAGCCCCAGCUAGCUGUUCCGGCAGUGGUCUUGGGCGCGUCGUCGGUGGUAGUCCCGGACGCAUCAGCCCCUGCUCCGGUGAUGGUCCCGGAUCCCCCGCAGCCAGCGCCCCGGACCCGGGUACCCCCGCAGCCAGCGCCCCGGACCCGGGUACUCCCACAGCCAAGCCAAGAGUCCCCGAGCCGAGCCAAGAGUCCCCGAGCCGAGCCAAGAGUCCCCGAGCCGAGCCCCGUCCCCGUCAAGACCCACGCCUAAGCCUCGGGGAUGUCCCCCCGAGCUGUCUCGCCGGUCUGCUCGGCCUCGUGGGCGACCCCCCAGAGCUGUCUCGCCGGUCUGCCCAGUCCCCAGGACAGCCCCCGGAAUGUUGCCUCACAGUUUAUGAAAACCCCAAAUAAAAAAUCUCAAAAAAUUAGAAUAUAUUAUGAAAUCAAUAAACAAUUCAAUCAUCAAAAUUAUAACAAAUAAAGGAUUAACAUAUAUUGCUUUACCUGUAAUGAGACUAUGUACUGUAAUAUACAUGUAUUACGCAGUCUGAUAACCAUCUCCCGACGAAUAUUUAAUUCUCUGCGCAUUAAUGCUGCACCUUCAUCAAUUGUGUCUUCAUCAAAAGGACAUGCCAUGUUCAUGACAAUGGACUUCUAAUAUAUAUACUGACUCUGUUUUUAAUGACAGACAGCAGAACUUCUCCAAAACUCGCCUGCUGACUGAAUGAAUGAGGAAAUCAAAUGUGCGUGUGUCUCUGAAAGAGGCGGAGACGCAGAGAAACUCCAGGUUCAUUGAGAUAAACCUGGUCCCGACCAGGUUAGAUUCAGAGAGUCUGUUACUACGGUAACUGACCACGUUAGGUUCAAGAGUCUGUUACUACGGUAACUGACCAGGUUAGAUUCAGAGAGUCUGUUACUACGGUAACUGACCAGGUUAGAUUCAGAGAGUCUGUUACUACGGUAACUGACCAGGUUAGGUUCAGAGAGUCUGUUACUACGGUAACUGACCAGGUUUGGUUCAGAGCGUCUGUUACUACGGUAACUGACCAGGUUAGAUUCAGAGAGUCUGUUACUACGGUAACUGACCAGGUUAGAUUCAGAGCGUCUGUUACUACGGUAACUGACCAGGUUAGUUUCAGAGAGUCUGUUACUACGGUAACUGACCAGGUUAGGUUCAGAGAGUCUGUUACUACGGUAACUGACCAGGUUAGUUUCAGAGAGUCUGUUACUACGGUAACUGACCAGGUUAGAUUCAGAGAGUCUGUUACUACGGUAACUGACCGAGAGCUUAAGUUACCUCUCUUUGUGAAACGGGCUAGAGUUACCUCUCUUUCUCUGGUUUGAGUUACGGAAAACUCAGAGUUUCCCUCAUUUCAGGGUUAACAGACUCAGAGUUUUCACUAAACCUGCUUUGUGAAACGGACCCCUGGUGCAGAGAGACGGUUCUGGUGUUUCACAUGAAGGACGGAGGCCCGGUUCUGUACAGGAUCCUUCCUUGGAGCAGGAGCCAGCUGAGCCCACAUCACAAGCUGCAGGAGCCUGUUUGACCUCAGGUGUGUGAAGGAGGUCCAUGUGUCAGCUUCACCUCCCUCACUGUCAGAUCCACAGGGGGAUGUCGCUUCUUGUCGGUCGCUCACGUGAACCAUGAUGUCAUCCAGUUCAUCAGGACUCAGAACAUAACAGAAACUCAUGUUGUCAUCCAGUUCAUCAGAAGAUAAAAGAAACUCAUGUUGUCAUUCGUUUCGUUUCGUUUUGUUUAAUUAUUUAUUCAAACAGGUUAAAACAAAAACAAAAAAAAUAAUCAGAAUACAUAAAAUGUAUAUACCGAAAAAAAAACAACAAAAAACCAUAAGCAAAACAAAGCAAAUUAAAAAGACAAAUCUAUAUGUAAAUAAAUAUUUCCUGUUUGAAAGGGUGUAGGAUGAAGUUUCAAAAAACUUUUCUAGUCCUACCCCUUCUAAUGUUCUGUUUUUACCAUUUCUUCAUUUCGCAGAACUUCUAAAAGAAAAGCAUAAAAGAAAAGAAAAAGUGGUUCAGCUGAGCAAGGCACUUUGGUCAUUGGCUGUCAGUUCAUGUGUCCAUUUCCGUUUUCUAUCCAUAAAGAGUAUUGAUUUUAAAGAUUCGUUUAAACUUACUUGGAGAAAUACAUGAUUUAAUUUCAUCUUUACAGUUGUUCCACAGAUUAACUCCCAUCACUGAUACAGUGAUGGGGUUUUGAUGUUUGUUCGUACAUGCUGUUUUUUAAAAUUGCAAUUUCCCCUGAGAUUGUGUUUAUUUUCUUUUAUUUGAAACAACUUCUGGCAACUGAUGAUGAUUUUCUUUGUGCAUGAUUUGUAAAGUUUUGAAGUUGACCAGAUCCUUGAAUUUGAGUGUUCAGUUUGAUGAAGAGUGGGUUUGUUGAUUCUCUAAAGGCUGCUUUAUUUACAAUUCUUAUUGCUCUUGCUCUUAUUGUCAUCCAGUCAUCCACAUGAAUACUACAUGAACUACUACAUGAACUACUGCAUGAACUACUGCAUGAACUACUGCAUGAACUACUACAUGAAUACUACAUGAACUACUACAUGAAUACUACAUGAACUACUACAUGAAUACUACAUGAACUACUGCAUGAACUACUGCAUGAACUACUGCAUGAACUACUACAUGAACUACUACAUGAACUACUGCAUGAACACUACAUGAACUACUACAUGAACUACUUAUUCUGUCAACAGUAGUGAACACAAUACAUUGUUGUUGUAUUUAUCAAUUAUAUCAAAAAAAUAGGAUUGUCUUGCAUUCCUCGGUUCUGUAUUAUAUUAUUACUACAUGAUAUUAUAUAUAUAUAUAUAUAUAUA